CGACGGAACAAUAAUAAGGGGGACUCCUCAUUGAUUUCCGGGUAAGCAUAUUGUAGUCCUGCGCAGAUUUCAAGCAUUAUCAUGGAUGAGUCAUCUGAGAAGGAUCCUCCACAGUUUUGGUGUAAUAUCUGCAAAGUGUCAUGUGCUUCCGCAGUCAAUCUUCACACCCAUUUUAUGGGUGUGAAGCACAAGAGAGUUGAAGAAUCUCUUAGGAAUCAUGCUGAAGAACCACCCCCAGUGCAACCAAAAAAAACGUCUCUUACUGGAAAAGAUUCUUCAGAAGGUAAGGAAGAUAAAGAAGAAAAGCGCGGAGAAACACUUGUAGACCUGCUCAAUAAAUGCAAAGCCACCGAACCUGCAAUCGGGCUUGAGCAUAUCUAUGAGUACCAUCCUGAUGGCGGUGAUUUAUGUAUAUAUGAGUGCAGAAUGUGCGACUGUACAACUGGCCUCUCCAAUAUGUUCAUGCAUAUAGUUGGAAAUAAACACAGAAUUGCAUAUUUGAGUAAAUAUCAUCCCAUAAUGGGCAUCUCAAGCAAUUACCAACUGAAAAAUGCUACGAGGGUCAAGAAAUUAAAGAAUUCCUGUGAUGCUAUAGAAAAGACUCAUGGACGAAAACAAAUAAAUGUUCUAAAAGGAACUUAUAUUCCCAGGAAUUUUAGUGAGGGCCCGGAUCCUCCGCCUUCUAUAAAUUAUCGACCAAACAGCAUGCUUCAGAAAAUGGAUUUCACCACUGAUGACUUUGAUACAGAUGGCAAACCUAAAAUCCCUCUAGUAGUAGCACCCCUUGCUCCUCCAGAACGUGAAAUAUCUUUUAGAGAAUUAAAGGAACUCCAUGAAGAAAAGAUGAAAGUGAUGCAAACAAGUGAAGAGCCAGACCAGGGGACCACAGAGGAACAGGACAAUGACAGUGACCGAGAAGUGGUCAGCAUGGAUCUUAGCGAAUGUGAUCCCGAUGAAUUCUUGUGCAACAGAGAACUAUUUGAUUUCUUGGAGACGUUUGAAGUCUUAAAUGACGACGAUGUUAACUUUGUUUUAAAAGUUACAGAGAUAUUUGGGAGUGCUUUAGUAAACCACAAGAAACGUGAAGAAGAGCGAAAACAAAUAGAGUUGGCUAAAACAGAGACCAGGGACCCACCAAAUCAGUCAUCUGAACAGUCUGACGGGACUACCAAAACUCCAGAAAUUCAGAUGGAAAACAAUGCAAACCAGAGGUUUGACACACAGGAUGUCACUGAAACAAGACCUGCUAUUACAAGUGAACAGCCAUCCAAUAUGCCUAACGAAUCUGGAACUAAUGAUGACAAAAAACACCAGUCCUCUGAUUCACUUAUUAAGAAAGGUUCUGUGAUGUCCUCUAAACAAUUAUUAAACAUGAUUGAAGAAUUGAAAGCAAAGUUCAUCCUAAAAAAACAGGCCUCUGACCCCAAGUUUAACAAACAAUCUACCACAGCACAAAGGUCUCCAUUGCACACUACUCAGCCAUCUAAUACUCAAGAAGAAUUGAAAACAAAUUCCAACCAACGAACACCAGCUCCUGAAUCCAAGUUUAACAAACGAUCUACCACAGAACCAAGGUCUCAAUUGCUCACUAGUCAGCCAUCUAAUACUCUAGAAGAAUUGAAAACAAAUUACAACCAACGAAAACCGGCUCCUGAACCCAAAUUUAACAAACGAUCUACCACAGAACCAAGAUCUCAAUUGCUCACUAGUCAGCCAUCUAAUACUCUAGAAGAAUUGAAAACAAAUCAAAUCCAGAGAAAACAGGCCCCUGACUCAAAGUUUAACAAACAAUCUACCACAGAACCAAGGUCUCAGUUGCACACUAAUCAGCCAUCUAAUACUCAAGAAGAAUCUAAAAUAAAUUGCAACAAAAGAAAACAGGCUCCUGAUUCAAAGUUUAACAAAAGACCUGCCACAGAACCAAGGUCUCAGUUGCACACUAAUCAGCCAUCAAAUACUCAAGAAGAAUCUGGAACUAAUGAUAAAAAACACCACUUCUCUGAUUCAAAUAUUAAGAAAGGUUCUGUGUUGCCAUCGCAACAGCUAUCAAACAUGAUUGAAGAAUUCAACACUAAUUUCAACAAAAGAAAACAGGCUCUUGAUUCCAAGUUUAACAAAAGACCUACCACAGAACCAGGAUCUCAGUUGCACACUAGUCAGCCAUCUAAUACUCUAGCAGAAUAUGGAACUAACUACAACCAAAAGAAAAUGUUUCCCCUUUCACAGUUUGACAAGGGUGCCACUGGUAAAGCCAGGCCACAGUUACCCACCAGGCAGCCAUCUGACAAACGUGAAGGAUAUGGAACAAAUUCUAAGCAAAAUAAAUCAGUUCCUGAGACCCAGUUGAACAGAGGGCGACUAGCCGAUAAACAUGAAGAACAAGGAAGGAAUUACACCCAAAAUAAACCAAUUUCUGAGACCCAGCUUGAAAGAGGACCUACUAGGGAACCUCUGUUUCCCAGUGGUCCGCCUUCCAAUAAACACAAAGUUGCAGAAUACGGAAAAAAUUAUAACCAAAAUAAACAAUUUCCAGAGAUGCAGUUUAACAAAGGCUCUAAUAGGGAAUCUCUGUUUCCCAGUGGUCGUCCAUCUGAUAAACAAGAAGAAUAUGAAACAAAUUAUAGCCAAAAUAAACAAUUUUCAGUCACCCAACAGAACAGAGGCUCUAACAGGGAACCUCUGUUUCCCAGUGGUCGCUCAUUUCAUAAAUAUGAAGAAUAUGAAACAAAUUAUAGCCAAAAUAAACAAUUUUCAGACACCCAACAGAACAGAGGCUCUAACAGGGAACCUCUUUUUUCCAGCGGAAGACCUUUGGAUAAACGUGAAGAAUAUGAAACAAAUUCUAGACAAAAUAAACAAUUUCCAGACACCCAACAGAACAGAGGCUCUAACAGAGAACCUCUAUUUUCCAGUGGGAGACCAUCCGGUAAAUGUGAAGAUUAUGGAACGGAUUCCAGCAAAAAUAAAUCCUUUUCUGAAACUUAUCUGAACAGAGACUCCAAUAAGGAACCUCUGUUUUCCAGUGGUCGAUCAUCUGAUAAAUAUGAAGAAUAUGAAACAAAUUAUAGACAAAAUAAACCAUUUCCAGACACCCAACAGAACAGAGGCUCUAACAGGGAACCUCUUUUUUCCAGUGGGAGAACUUUGGAUAAACGUGAAGAAUAUGAAACAAAUUAUAGACAAAAUAAACCAUUUCCAGACAACCAACUGAACAGAGGCUCUAACAGGGAACCUCUUUUUUCCAGUGGGAGACCAUUCGAUAAACGUGAAGAAUAUGGAACUAACUUCAGCCAAAAUAAAUCAUUUUCUGAGACCCACCUGAACAGAGACUCUAAAAAGGCACCUCUGUUUCCCAGUGGUCGAUCAUAUGAUACAUAUGAAGAAUAUGGAACAAAUUAUAUACAAACUAAAGCAUUUCCAGACACCCAACAGAACAGAGACUCUAACAGGGAAUCUAUUUUUUUCAGUGGGAGACCUUCGGAUAAACAUGAAGAAUAUGGAACUAAUUCCAGCCAAAAUAAACAAUUUUUUGAGACCCAUCUGAACAGAGAAUCGAACAAGGAAACUCUGUUUCCCACUGGGAGACAAUGUGAUAAAAAUGAAGAAUUCUGGACAAAUUACAACCAAAAUAGACAAUUUCCCGAGGCAGAGUUUAAAAAGGACCCUAACAGAGAACCUCCGUUUCUGAGUGAGCAGCCAUCCGACAAACAAAAAGAUUCUGCUCUCAAUUACACCGGCAACUGGCAACCACCCUCUGCCACAUUUAACGAUAAUAAGCCCACUGGACAAAGACCUCCAGCAGACAGGCCCCAAAGCCAGUGGUCCAAACAAAUGCAAGAUCCAAGAUUUCCAUUUACACAUGAAAAAGAAUUGGUUUCUUCAUUUACUGAAGGAACAAAAGGUCUACCACCAAAGCUUCCCUCUAAUGAAACCAUUGCAAAAUUCUUUGACAGUAUAAAGAAUAUGGAGGUUUCAGAGGUGAUUUCUACACUGAACAGUAUAACUGCUACUAACCCAGCUUUUAAAGGGAUUCACGUUCCAACGUUGAUUAAACAUUUAACAGAAACAGGGAAGCUGAAAACCCAACAUGAAACAAGAACAUUUCAGAAAUAAUUUUUUUUUCAUGUAGACAUUCCUUUUUAAAAUGAUGUACAUUUUCAACUUUUAUGAACAUGUG